AUGUCUGUGUCCACUGUAUUGGCAAAGGCCUUAUUUGACAACGCUGCAGAAAGCCCGGAGGAGUUGGCAUUCCGUAAGGGGGACAUCUUAAUGGUCCUAGAACAAGAACAAGCCGGUGGUCCAGGCUGGUGGCUUUGUUCUCUGCAUGGACGUCAGGGGAUUGCUCCUGCCAAUCGUCUACGUCUUCUGCAGACUGCCGCAACUCCAGGCUCAGACAUCUGUUGUGGCUCUUCUGAAGACUCAGUUUACCUGUCACCUGGUUCAGCAUUGGCCCGAGUUGGAGUAAGCUGUAGUGCAGAGGAUAUAGAUGGAGUCUAUCGCUCUCCUCUGGCUAUGGGUGAAGGAAGACCUGGAGAACUGCGCAGAACUGAUGAAGACGGGAUCGGUAAUGGAAAAGAGAAAAGCAUCAAUGCACUGAACAUUAAAGAACAAGUGUUAGACAAACCAGACAUUAUAAGCGACCAGGUUUAUGAUACUCCUCCAAGUGGACGAUGGCAGCGCACAACACACUCCUCUGUCUCUGAAGAUGAUGGCAUCUAUGAUACUCCUCGCAGUGUGCCACCACACAGUGAUUCAGAGGCCGAGGUCUAUGAUGUCCCAACACACGCUCUUGCUGUAUGCACUUCAGAGGUCCAGCAAACUGCCUCCGGACCAGAAGACAGUGAUGAUGGCGUGUACAGUGUCCCCUCACUUCCAGGAAUUCCUUUAGGCCAAGAGGGUUCAUGUAGUAAAAUCCUGCCUGGAGAGCAUUUGCAUGGAGCUUCUGAAAAACAAGCCAGUAGUGGAGAUUCCUCUGAGCCAGACUGUGGCAUCUAUGACAUGCCUGCAUUAACUGUGGAUGUCCUGCAGCUCUCAACCUCUUCUACUUCCACAUCUACUCCCACAGUGUCCUGUUCUCCCUCAACUCUACCAUCACGAGACCUAGCCACUUCUUUGGCAGAAAUCCUGUCGACAUGGAAGGCCAGUCACUGUGGUGAUCCUCCACCCCCUCUUCAACAGGCGUGGGCUCGUUUAGCAGAUCUAUUACCAGCGUUGUCAGCAAUUGGAACUGCACCUCCAUCUGACGACCUCCUCACUUUGUCCCAAGUUACAGUGACAGUGGGCUCUAGUGAUGGAGAAGAUGAUCCCAGCAACGAGUAUGCAGGGAUCGGUCUGACUCCUAUACGUCCCCCAAUACACACCGGAGACAGUGUGGGCUAUGUCAAACUUCAGGGUAAACCUGAUCUGUCUCCAAAUGCACUAGCUGAAAAUGGACACACUAUCAAUGCUGAAACAAGGAUGACACCAUCACCCCCUCUGCCAGUGUCUCUGUCAUUGGAAGACUCAGAGUUGUUGGCUUUUUACUCGUCUCAGAGCCUAGCUCAUCUAUCCUGCCUUGCAGAUGCCAUUGAUGUUCUCUUUAGUAGUAUACAGGGAAACCAACCUCCCCGUAUAUUUGUUGCCAGAGGAAAAAGUCUUAUUGUGACUGCACACAAACUAGUGUUUAUUGGGGACACCCUUUCUCGACUACUUUCAUCUUCAGAUCUACGUACAAAGAUUACUACUUCAGGUGGAAGUCUUUGCCAGGCCUUAAAAGCUGUUGUUGUGGCAACCAAGGGAGCAGCUCAAAACUACCCAUCACUAUCUGCCACUCAGGAAAUGGUGGAUUGUGUAGCUGAACUCUCGCAGCAUGCAGCUGGAUUUUCGACUUUACUUCAACGUCUGGCAGAAAUAUCGUAA